AUGCAUCCUCGCACAUCUUCUCUCCAACAACCGCCAGCUGCCGCUAUGAACUACUUCGACUUUCAGCCCAACGAGUGCUCGGUGUCGCCGGUCAAGAAGGCCAACCUCCGCUGCCUUGACGCCUUCCAUGACCGUGUGCACACACCCUUCGAGGCUCCUGCCAAUGCAAACAUCUACGCUAAACGUGCUCUUCCUCCUCUUCCAUCACCAGGAGCUCUUCCUGCUCUCCGCAACUGCUCGUCAUCAGAAUCCAUGGCUUCAUCAGGACCUGUGAGCCGACCAAGCACUGCCAUGUCAUGCAGACAGGACAAGUCUCUUCCUCCUCUCCCCUUCCGCCUCCAAAGAUCACCUUCAUUCGACUCGGAUGAGUCUGGAAAGGAAAACACAGUUGUUGUGCAGCAAGUGUCAAGGCCGCGUCAACACCGUGGCUACAGCUUCCGCAGCCUUUUGAACAGACACUCCGAGGACGAGUUCCCACUGGCCUCUCCCAAGAGUGGCUACAGCGUUACUCGUGACUCUCGCACCGACUCUGUCAUGGGUGACUACAGCCUCUGCCAAGUCAAGACCAACGGAACCAUCUCAGCCACCAGCAGCAGACGUCCUUCAGCUCUUUCUCUUACUCACCUCAAGGCUGCUUCGAAGAAGAUCAAUGCCAGUGCUCCUCCAGUGCCAUCUCGUCCUUCAUCUCGUAAGGGCAGUACCAGCAACCACAACCAGCACCGCUGGGGCACUCUCUUCCGCACCGUCGAGGAUGAGAAGGAAGAUGUUGUACCCAUGCCUAUCACUCCUGGUAUGAUGCCCGACUUGAGCUUCAACCGCUGCUACUACUUCUACGCCCGCAACUGCAACGGCUACGUUCUCUCCGGCAGCUCCAGCGGUGACGCCUGUGAGAACUGCGCUCACUCCGGCUUCUUGGGCUCGCCUUGA